AUGAGCUACCGUCUAGACCAAUUCUCCACACCGGCAUGGGCGGCCCAGGGUCAACUGGACCUUAACCCAAAUACUAUUCCAGCCUAUUUCAAAACCGCGCAUCCGGACACCGCCGCUUCACCACACUUUGAACAGCAGCAGCAGCAGCAGCAGCAGCAUUCGCGGUGGAGCGACAUCAAACAACAACUCGAACAACGUCGAGACGGAGGAAUCGACUCUGGCUUAUUAGAAAAGUACUCCCUGUCCGAGAAAUGGAAGGACGAGCUGAACACUACUACUGGGCAGGACGAUGGCAUCCAAGUAUGGUUUUUGAACCGCAAGAAAAUUCGCCGCAUCGGCUAUAAGCUGCUGCGCUCCAACCCCUUUGUGCCCUUCACCUUGCGAGGCCUUGCUCUCGUAUUUGCUAUCUGCGCGCUUGGCCUAGCCUGUCGAAUCUACGUCCUUACCAAAUCAUAUCCUACUGGCCAGCAGGCUUCGACAAUUCUGACCAUUGUAGUGGAGACUCUUACUGUAUUCUAUCUUGGCUACACCAUUUACGAUGAGUUCUUUGGCAAGCCGCUCGGCCUCCGUACUGCAAAGUCCAAAAUGUCAUUUGUCCUGUGCGACAUUAUGUUUACGAUUUUCACGUCGGCGAUUCUAUCACUGGGGUUCGAGGUGCACGGCAGUGACGAUUGGGCCUGUGGUGUUGGACUCGAGUACAAUUCUACGUUAUGUAGCCGUCAACGCGAUCUGGUCGCUAUGGAAUUUGUGUCCCUGGUGAUGUUUUUAUUUACCUUCUUGGUCAGUAUUUAUCGAAUGAUGGAAACAGCUGCGCAUUGA